AUGGCCCUUGCUCUGCCGGUGCAGUGGCCUCGGCUUGGGCAUGUUCCGGUGCGGAAGCACCGCGUUUCCUGCCGAUGCACAGACCAGAGCUGGAGGGUACAAGCAGCCACUUUGGGUGGAACGCUGGUUUCGCUGCUCAAAGCCUUGCGCCAGGCAGGUGUGGCGGAGCGGAGGAAAAGGCUCAGAGAGGCUACGACGGCCCAGUUGAGAAUCAUCAGUGCAGGGCUUCGGCUGCGGGUGGUGGAAGGCUCACGCACAGCCCUGAUGGGCAGAAUCGAGGAAGCUCUCGUUCAAGAUGCCAGACUUGCUGCUCCAGACCAGCCGAUUGGUCGAAUCCUCCGGAGCUUCCCCACGAACAAGACGGAUCAGUUUGAGCAACUGAUGAUUGAAAGACUUAGCUGUGCCAAGCUGAAAGGUCUGUGUCGACCCUUGCGCCUGAGCACCGCUGGCAAGAAGGCCGAGCUCGCAAACCAGAUCAUCAUGGAGCUCAUGGAACGGCAUCCUCCAGGCUUCCAAGAGCCUGACGUGGUGAACAUACCGGCCAGCACGCCCCGCGCGCUACACGUAGAGGCUCACUUUCCUGCCGAGACAAGUGAUCAAGAGCCAGCACUGGCUUUUGAAGCUGCGGAACCAAAUCCGGAAGGCAUCCAUGCCCCAGAGUGCUCUCAGACCGCGGAAGAGGAUGUGGAGGAUGGGGUGCUCAUACCCACUGUGCUCGUAAGUGAAGAAGAAAGAAGAGAAUGCCAGCAAGUAGAGCGACGACAGCGAAGGAGGAACCGCUUCGCAGAAAUUCUGGCUGAGGAGCUGUCUGGCAUCAUGACGCCUCAGCAAGGUGCGACAUACUGA